GAGGAUUUUGUGUCGUGCUCCGGUUUCCGUCCACCUUAUGCAUAUGCGGUGCACGGUCUUCACACUUUCGUUUGACGCUUCAGUACGGUUCGGAAUUGCGCCUGUAGACGCGGUCAAUCUGCCGCGACCGCGUAAAGUUUGCAGAUGGCGCUCGGAAGCUGAAGCGUUCCCCGGUUUUGAUGCUAGCCAUGAGAGCGCGUAAUUGGUAUGGCCACGCAUACACACAGCUCGAUCCCGCGCCGGUCAGCUGCUCUGGAGGUCACGAUAUUUUCCCGGCGAGUGCAAUUAAUCGUGUUUCGUUUCGUCGCGAGUGAGCUACAGCUGAACAGUGAUAAGACCAGUGAAGCAAUUCGGUGCGAGUCAGCCACAGUCAGUUGGUAAAGUGUUUACUGCACAGCCGCGUUGUACAAAACGAUCGAAACAUCUCGGUGUAGACAACCCCCGUGUUUAAAAACUCCAUCAAUUCUUCCACUCACAGUGCAGCAAUUUCAGGAGUUUUGUCUACAGUUCUUGAUUUGUUUAAUUUUAAAAAACCUGUGCAAGUGAAGCAUUCUGUAGGGGGGAGUGUGAAGUGCACCUGUUAGAUAUUCCACCGGGUGUGUUUGUGAGUGUUUCAUCGAUCACCAAGGAUGCAUCAGAACCAUGCUACAAUUCUCAGCAUCGGCAAAAUACCUCUUCCAACAAAAUCCUUCAGAUAUUCAGACAUAUGUGAUUGCCUUUUCUUUCUCACAGUGCCUACACCAAACCGAAGUUAACGCCUAAAACACAACCAAAGUGUACGCAAAGUCACGAGUUUAUUCGUUAUUUCGUUCACUCGUUCCCUCUCACCGACCCGUUCGUGUCCGUAGGUUUCGGCAGGCUGUCGCAUAUUUCGUCCGGUUCGUGCGGUAGUAGUUAAUCAUAGUCGCACAUCCGGUCGUUGCGCGCUAUGGUGCGGUUUCACUGUGAUGCGAUUAUUCGUCGUCCAUUCUAAACAGAUUCGUUUGUCUCGAGCGAUCUGGAAUUAGCUGCAUGCCGGCUAGUGUUUGUGUUAAAUCUGUGGCUUUUGCAGUAGUGAUGAUGAUUCAACAAGUGACGAAGUUUUUUUGUGUUUUUGUUUAUCUUGCUUUUGAUAGUGAAAAAGAGUUCUAUGAUUUUGAAAUAUCGAAUAACACACCAAAUAUUGUAUAUGUGUUGCGUUCACUCAGUGUUUUAAGGAGUAAAAUGACAGUUGUAAACAAAAUGAAGCCUUCCGUUAAAUAUCACACCCAUAGCAAGCAACCGGAAGUGUGCAAAGCAGUAAUUAACCUGGUGAAAACAUGAUAUGCUGAAGAGGUGAUAAAAGCUUAACAACAAAAAGUUUUUCUACGAUCCGUGAAUUAUCGAUCGACUUAUUUUAUGUGACGAAUGUAUUAACGAAGAAAUGAACCAAAAAAAAGUGCUUUGAUAUCGACCAUAUAAUAGUGUUCUGUGUAAGGCUACCUCAUGAAAUAGCACCAAUAUAACGAUCAUACACCAUUACAUAGUGCUUUAGUCGAAUGUUCCUUUUCACGCCGAAUGCAAUGCGGCCAAAAUGCGUGAAUAAUAUUUUUUGUAAGUGAGCCGUGCAAGCGUGAAAUCUGUUGCGUGAAAUCUGUGAAACAUAGUGAAAUAGCGAAUACGGUGUAUCAAACCAAGAAACACCAUACCGUGAGUUUCGGAAGUUAAAAUGGUGGUUAUUCGAUAAAAUUAUUAUCUCGACUGUUUCGAAGUGCUUUCCGCAUCAUCAUGCAUUCGUGUAGUUCCAUUGUGUGCCGAUAUUUAGUUGUCGUUCUGUGCUAAUGGAGUGUUUAUUAUUUAUUACCGUUUGUUCUUGUUUAGUUUCGUUUUGUUUUGCCGUAAUUUUUGUGUAUCGCUUCCGAUUGUGCCGUGCGUGUCAGUGCGUUGACGGCAGAGAAAAUGUUAGCUAUGCGUCGCGAAAGUGAACCAAUCUAUGGUAGUGUAAGUGCAGCGACUAACCUCAAUCUACUGCAUCAUCACGCGCAUCAUCAUACGCAUCACCAUAGCCACCAUAGCCAGCAGGUGCAUUCACCGACCGGACAUUCGCAUCCUUCGAACGGUGUUGCAGCGACGGAAACAUCAACGACGAUACGUACGUCCGAAAACGGCACGGAGAGUGGAACGUCUACCAUAGGUGGUGGGCCGGAUCAUACCGGCCCGGGUGUGUAUCACGGUCUUGCACAGCAACAGUUGCAGGAUCAUCCGGAAACGAUUCCGCUUCACCAGCCUCAUCAUCAUCAUCAUCAUCACCACAACAGCCAUCGAACGUCGUUGUCCCCGGUAACGGCAGCCAGCUUCGGACACGCUAGCUUCUCAACACUCUGUAACGGCACGUCAGCGAACGGAUUGUAUCCCGGGUUCAAUAGCUUCGGACUGAAUCCCUCCAACGGCAGCUCCUUGUCGGUUGGCCGUUCCACCCAUCCGUCGGCAUCCAGUCUUGACGAGUACGUCGACAUACUGCAGGUCCAGCAAUUGCUGCUGGAGAACUCUUCAUCGGCAGCCGCAUCAGCGAGCAGCUCGACGGUGGCUAGCAUAACAACGGCUUCCUGUACCUCCACCACCGCCACCACCACCACCACCUCCUCCUCUUCCGCAUCCAUCCCACCUAGCGUUCCUGUGUCCCACCAUAUCCCAACCGUGUCCACGGCAUCCUUUUUUUCACCAGCAUCCACGUCCUCCUCGGCGCACAAUGCUAAAAACCGUCCAAAAGUGAAUCUACAGAAAGUGGCCGACUUUUCAGCAGCAACCGCCAACCAGCUUCAAGGCGAUUCGCCCUCCAAAAGACUGCUCUUUGAUUACCCGAGCCCAUAUUUGUAUGGUAAUUAUCAUCCGUCGCCGAGUGACGAUCUGGUCGCUUUAUGGUUUGGAAGUAACGGAACAGGUGGCGUUGCCCCUGGACCACCAGCAGCUGCCAUGAUCAUGGAAGGGCUAGAAACGUUGGUUGCGCCAUCGCAUCACACAUUCCUGCUGACCGAGUCGGCGGCCGCAGCACACUUUAACGUGCUGAGCUUCGAUACGUGCGGCCUGUUUAAGACGGGCACCACGACCACGUCGCUCGGGCUGAACAACAACAGCACGACGACACCGAACAACAAUCAUCACCAUCACCUGUACCAUCCGUACCAUCAUCAAACGGCUGUCAGUACUGCGACUGCCCUUGCCCAUCAUCAGCCCCAUCAUCAUCAUCAUCAUCAUUCGGCAUCGCAGCAACAGCAGCAGCAGCAGCAACAACAUCAGCACAAUACAUCCGCCAGUACGAUUGUUUCAUCGUCGGCUGUGUCAUCGGCGAUAGCCAGUGCUGCCAGCUCGACGGCGAUCACUACGCACACGACAGCGACGACGAGCGUAACUGCAUCACACACAUCCCACGGCCAUAGCCACCAUCAUCCGCAUCUGAGUCUGCUGAGUACCGGUGGGAGUGGCAGCGGUGCUACCGGUGGCGCCGGCCAUCACUCGAACGAUAGUUCGACCCUGCACUCUGGUACCGGCGACGAUCAUUCGCAAUCGCAAACGGACGCACAGACCGGCGAUCUCAAUACACCCGUAACCACCUCCGGUGACAUCCCGUCGUUCUUUGGUCCAUCGACGGUCGUAGAGCCACCGCCGAUUACCGGAUCAAUCGAAUCGGACGAUCUCUCGCUGGAGCCACAAACGGUGUCCAGCCCGUGCGUCAGCCUUUGCAGUCCCACCAAGCAGGAGCGCAGCACACCGCAAUCGAUCGCCAACGAGGAAGAGGCUAGCAAUACCAGCAGUACCAACACGAUGUACCCAUCGUCCGGCUCCCAACAUCAGCAACAACAACAACAGCAACAGCAACAACAACAACAACAGCAACAGCAGCAACAACAUUCACUUCACGGACAGAUACGCGUUGCCGGUUUGGCCAGCGUCACGGGUGGCGCCGACAUGCAUCACGGCAGCAACGAUGGUGUCCAAUCGUCCGAUGCGAUCGAGAACAAGAUCUCUUACCGUGGCAUUUUCACGUCGAAUGCUAGCCCCAGCAUGGGGCUGCAGGCGGGCAACGUAAUGCCGGGAUCGGGUCAGAUGUCACCGACAGCCGGUUUGGGUCCGGCAAGCUGGGGUUUGCCAAGCCCGGACAAAAGCCUGUUCCAGGCACCCAUGUUCGGUCUGCUCGGACCGCAAGCGACUAGCGCGUCACAGGGUGUUUCGGCUACCUCACCAUCGAUCGGUCAGCAUCAUCAGCACCAUUACGGUAGUGGUGGAGAUGAGCGAGGUCACAGCCAUGGACACGGUGCCGGUACUGAGCUGCUCGGACUGAACAUGGACUGUGCGAGCAUCAUCCUGAAGCAGCCACCAAGCUAUAACAGCUGCGUCGGAACGCUCGAUAUGCAGCAAAGUCAGGACAUGCAUUCGUACGGUCGGCAGAGCCAGGCUGGGUUGGGCAUGAGCCAAAAGUACCAGUGGUUGGACUCACCGGUCGACCCGUACGUUGGCAGCCCGCAGCACGGAUCGGUCGUCCUGCCCGGACCGUCGUCCACACCCAUCUCCGUCGGGCCAAUCAUUCCGAAGCAGGAACCAUAUUCCACACCAAAUGCCUGCACGUCCGAUUCGAGUCAGCUCGGUGGGUUGACACCGGCCCAAGCCGCCCAACAGGCGCAAUACGCCGUCCAGCUGGCUGAGUAUAAUCAAGCCACCAGCAAAGGCCACGAGAUCCUGUCGCAGGUCUACCAGCAGAGCACGAUGCCGCUGAAGCUGGUGCCAGUCAAGCCGAGGAAGUACCCGAACCGACCGAGCAAGACACCCGUACAUGAGCGUCCGUAUGCCUGCCCGGUAGAAAACUGUGACCGACGGUUCUCGCGCUCCGACGAACUAACACGACAUAUCAGGAUCCACACCGGACAGAAACCGUUCCAGUGUCGGAUCUGCAUGCGUUCGUUUAGCCGAUCCGAUCACCUGACGACGCACAUCCGUACGCACACGGGCGAGAAACCGUUCUCGUGUGACAUUUGUGGUCGCAAGUUUGCACGCUCGGAUGAGAAAAAGCGUCACGCCAAGGUACACCUGAAGCAGCGCAUCAAGAAGGAGAAAAACUCCGGCAGCGGAGGUAGCAGUGCCAACAACAGUGCCUCCAGUGCUCAUCAUACCCACCACGCUCAGCAGCAGCAGCAACAACAGCAACAGCAGCAACAGCAGCAACAACAACACCACCAUCAACAGCAACACCAUCAGCAGCAGCAGCAGCUGGGCCAUCACCAGGGACACCCAGGCCUUCAUCCGCAUCAUCUGCUAACGCAUGACGAUCUCACCGGUAUACCGAUCGUGUCGUCCUCCUCAAACCCGGCAAACAGCAGCUUGUAGACCGAGCUUUCGUCGAUCGAUAUUAUGCGAUUGAAUGAUCCCCAGAUCGAGCUAGUCCACGACGAUCCGUUCAUGGGCUACAUUAACGAAGAUACCACCGUCGAAGACACAACCGAACCGGAGCGAAGUGGAGUUACCGAACCAGCCUCGCCACCAGAAGUGUCCACAGGUGAAGAUGCAGUUCCAGUAACGCAACCCGUGCUGGACAUCGAGAAUUCGGAGGAAGAACUGGACGUGGGUGAAAACAGUCGUACGGAGGCUAUUUCUAAUGUCCAAAAAUCGCCCACCUCCAGCACUUCAAUGUAUCGGCCGGUGGAACAACAGUCAGCCGCCGGUAGCACCGCGUUCGACCGACAACCGUUUGUGAUUGUUUUGCUGAUGGAGUAAAGGUGGCAUGAUCUCUGUAGCCAACCUCGUAUACGAUGAAAAUAUAGCAACCGACGUGCCGGAAACGACGUUUACGGUGUAACAAACUUCGCUUUGAUUGCCGUGCCAUACACCGGUCGUGUCAACCAUAUGAAUGCAUCAAACCGAGCAACUUCGCAGCUGGGAUCAGCCAACAGACAGCACAGCACAGCAACAUCAAGAAAACAAGUGAGACCAUUUCCAAUCCGCACAAUACCGUUUGACGAAAUAGUAAUACCGGAAUUUCACCCCAUAUGCAAAUGCAAUAGCAGAUAAAUGGAUAAAACGUACAUAGGGUAAAUGACAUGAACACGAACACAAAAGCUCACUUUUUAUACACCUCUACAUUAAGGAUGCUAGGCGCAGGAGAUCUUAACCGUUCCUGAACCUUUACAAUUCGGAAACUUUGCAACAAAACAGUAUUUUUCAUGUCAAAAUUCUAGCACCUUCAAAGUCUCUCAAUCUGCACCAUCAGUAAGUGAUCAUGUUGAAACGCAAAAAAAAAAUGUUUACACACCUUCUCCGGUACGAAUUUUUGAUGGCCCUCGUAAUCGGAUCUUCCGCACGAUCAACGAUCAACUUGUAGCACCUUGAAUUUGUUGUAUUCGUGGCGUGUUGAAUGUUUAAAACUCAUCAUCUUACCGCUCGUUAAAUGUAACUUACUUUCAACAGUUUCACUGUUCCACAAACGUACUCGGAAGUGUUCCCCGCGUGUUUGGUAAUUCGUUGGCCGUUUGCAAACCAAGCGUUACUGCUGCUCACCUAGGGAAAUAAUAUCAUAUUUUUGACGGGCUGCGAAGGGUGAAAAUGUGGUGCCAAGCUACCAUCGAUAUCGCCACCAAGCUUUUUUUUUGUUUUUGUUUCUCUUAUAAUCUCUAUAUCUCUUAGAAUUACUGUGAUCUCAUUUUUCGUAUAGGAGCAACAACGAAAAACAUAAACGGAAACUCAAAAAAACGAACAAGCGGGAAGCAAAAUAAGAAAAUGAUAAAAAUACAACAAAAAAAAAGAACAAAAUAUAUACAUUUACAAUUUAAAACACUGAGCGGCCUCAGAACAGAUUGGAGAAGAGGAACAAACAGAUUGGAGCGACAAAAUCGAGCUAAGCUGCAUACUUUAAGUAUUGCCUUUGCAGUAGGUAAUCUAACAAAUUGAUUAAAAUUUACACGAUCUAAGCAUAAAACCUGUGGGGAACUGUUGUGCGCUCGUUGGAUCUGGGUUUGAGAUUGACAAAAAGGGAAAAGUUAGAGACAGACACUAAAAAAACCAUUUAUGGUUUUUCUUACAAGCUACUUUUUCAUACAUAUGUGGUGAGGAAAAUCAUUAAACCUCUAUCAGUGUAUCCACACGUUUAACAUUUCCCCAACACUACCUUCUUCUUCCACACACAGGCGCAUGUCCAAAGGGUAAUCUUCGCCAAAAACGCACUUAAAAACAAUGUCGGCACCCUUCCCACUAGAUGUGUGUGUGUGUGUGUGUGUGUGUGUUUGUAGGGCUAUGUGCAGAUCUCCCCACACAGCCCUGCUUGAGUGUUUUGAGCUAUUUUCUAUCAAAAACUUAAACAUUUUUAAAUGUUUUGAAUUGCUGUACCAUCAAAUCCAGUGGCCGAAAGGCGUACGUUACGCAUGUACAACAUGCAGUGCGUUCUCCAUCACUCUGUCUCUCUUUACUUCCAGUAACGUUUAGCUAUAAGAUACAAUGAGAGCAAGCACAAUGUUGCGCAGUAAGGUGGGAAAAUCACACACAAAACCGAUACCAGUAAAAGAAGAAGAAAAAAAACAACUUAGAAAGUAAUAAGAAUUACAUGAUCUUAAGCAUAGGGAAAACAUAUUUUAGAUGUAAUAGAAGGAAGAAAGUAAACAAAGGGAUGCUAAUGUGGAGCAAAACAGAAACCCGAACGAGAUCGUUGUUAGGAUGCGCAUUUGUUUUCGUUGUCUCGUAUGAAAGGAAUAAGAUUCUCAUAUAUAGAAAAAAAACGAAAAAAGAAAGGGCAAAUAAUUCUAGCGCAUAGUAUUUAACAUCCCAGCCCCAAAAACAACUGAAACGGUAAAGAAACGAACGAUUGUCGAUUGACGAACAGAGUACUGGCAUUAGAGGAGAUUUAAUUCACGCAUGAGUGCACGAACCUCGAGACAGACACUUUUGUGGUAAGGGGAAUAGUUUUCGGUAUUGUUUCGUUCGUUUUAUACGUAACCCAUUGAUUUGUUGAACAUUGUUCAGUGGAAAUCUAGUGGAUGUCACCGUACAUGGUGUGGUCGUUCCUUUUCGUUAUUUUGCUUAGAUUUAGCUUAGUGUACGUCUUUAACUUAUAGUUUAACCUGCUCAUCGCAUUUGAUCGUGCCGCUAAAUGUGCGUAAUUUACUAACCGUUUCAUCAUAGCAACAUUUCAUGCCCCCACGGGGGACACAUUUGGGGUGCAUCAAGUAUCAGCAAAACUUGAUUGUCAGGUUGCUGAUGUAAAACAAAGAAUUACUGUGUAAAGCCCCCAUAUACCGUGCAAAUGUGCUGCCAUAUUAAGAUAUCGUUUUCAACGGCAAACGAAAAACACACACACACACCAGUAAAGGAAUUUUCCAAUCUUUUUUCUGUUCCUUUUACAUAUGUUUUUUUUUCUGUUUCUCUUGUUUUUACUAAUGUUUUUCUUUUCUUCUUACAAUUCAAUGAUUGUACUCUGUUUUUCUUUUUUCUUGUCUACAUUUUCCAAGAGUGUUAAUACUUUUCCAUAAACAAAAUGUACAUAUUUGUGUGUGUGCUUUUUUGUUAAUAUCAUUUGAAUGUGUUUGUGUGUUUUAUUGUUUUUUUCUGUAUGUUUUGUAUAUAACACUUUGUUCAUAGUUCAUGCUGCCCAACUUAUGUUGCACCCUGUUUUUCUAACCGUGCCAUCAAUGCAAAUUAAUGUGCAAAAGCAUUGGAUGAAGCUAACCCUCCGUUUAGAUGGUGAAUGGUUCACGUUAUCAUCGCACUGUUGCUUUGCCAUUAAGUCAUUAUAGCGUGUUUUUUUUUGCAAAUCGACUAUCAGUAAUACCGUUUUGUACGCGAAAAAUGUUUUUCUUUGCCUUCUUUACGGGCCAUAUGGAGCUAGUCGUAAUGCUUGUUUUAGUUUAGAAUUUUUUUUUUGCAUUUACAAUACUUGUACACUUACCACUAGAAGCAACGUUGAGACUCAGUAGAGCAAGCCUAAGUUUCCUGUUGAACGUUUCAGUGUCGUUGUUGUGUAUCGCAUCAAGAUUACUAAUUUGUGGUAACAUAAGCAAAAGCACACACACACACACACACAUAAGCGCACACAACAUAGGACAGGUAUAGUUUAACGUAAUUAUAUUAAUAAAAAUUGCUUUGAAAAUGACUAAAUUAAAGGCUUUAAUAAAUUAAUCAUACCAUGUAGACUAUUGAAACUCAUUUAGUGUGGAUUUUCUAACCAUCACUAAACCAUCCUAACGAGCGUAAACGAGAAAUGACGAAGGAAAGCGAUACUUUUUAUUGUAUUCUGCAGGCUCUAAGCAAAUAGGGAAAAGUUCACAGUUUUUUUUUAGUUUCACAUAAUUUAUCUGUGUCUCUGUCAGUACAUUUGUCCAUCAUUGUUGUAAUGACGUUUUUCCUUUUUUUUAAUGUUUUUUUUUGUGCCCCGAAAAUAUCAGUUUUACUGAUUGCCCUGAUCCCAUCGGAUUGUUGUGUAGAAGUUUGCAAGAAAGUGUAUGUGUGAAACUCAUUUAUCUAGUAGUAUUGUGUAUAAUUUUAUGGUACUAACCUCAGUGGAGGUAUUUGCAUAUAAGAAAGCAAAACAAAACAAACAGCAAAAAUGGCGCAAAAAAGUAAUGAAAAAAGCAAAACACAUACUUCUAAUAAAUAAAAAUAAAAAUAAGAAUACAUUCCACAAUUUGAGUUUAUUUUCCUCUUUUAGUUGUUGUUGUUUUUUUUCUCCUGAUUUCUUCACUAUUGUUUUCUUACGUUGUUUUCAGUUUUUAUUUAAAAGGUUUGUAUGUUUUUUAUAUAUUUUUUUUUCUUUUCUUUAUUAGUUGUCCUUACGACAUCAUUUUGAAGCUCGACCAUCGAUUACAUUGUAGUACGUACGAAGCAGUUGCCAAAUCACAUAUGAUAUCAGUUUUCGACCAUUGUACGCGAAAUCGAAAAACAAAACAAAAAAAAGAUCAAACAUAAACGAGUGGCUUGCAGCAUUCGCGCAUAAAGUGUCUCGAAACAGCAAAUUUACAGGUGAAAAUGGCCUUAAAUUAUAUAAAAUUCAUUCCUGACAUAUUUGUAGUGGACUGAUGUUUUGCGGAGAAAAACACAUUUAUCAAAAAGAAAGGUUCCCUUGUUGAUUUCAUACGAUCUGUUUUGCCAAAGAAAAACAAAAAAGGAAACUAUUCAAAAUUUACAAAUUUAUGUCUCCAUCUUGAUAUGAUUGCACAGAAAAAAACAACACAAAAGUGCAGAAACAAACUUAAUCUUUUAAAAAAAAAGAAAUCGGCCUAACCCUUGUGGCUGGGUUUAGGUGCAUCUGAGAGAAUAAAGUAGAAAGGCAGAAAAAAUGUAACCUAUUUUUUGUUAGCGAAGUUAAAUGAAAGUAUUAGCAAAACAGUAACUUUAAAAGAAGCCCAAAACAAUUGUCAAUUGUCAGAUGUUUAUUUUCAAUGCCGAUACUUCCAAUCGAGUUCGCAUUCUGCGUAAUACGUAAAUGCAUCAUGGGAAGCGCAAACGAACUAAUGGAGCAUUAAUUGUGCAAAAAAAGAAAUUUAGCUACAAAGAAAAAAACAGAAACACAGUGUAUAAGAUACUCUAUAAAGUAUUAGAUGUUUACAUACAAGGUAAUCUUUUUCAUCAGUAACAAAAAAAACUUUGCUAACACUUCUUCUUCCUAAACUCUAAGGUAGUGAACGAUCGACAUUGCUCGUCGGCAUAUGAUAAACUACACAGAGAAGAGAUUGAGAGAGAGAGAAAGAGCUACAUACUAGAGCAUAAAAGUAACUAAGCGCUAAGUUUUCCAUUAGAAACCCACACACACAGAUGUUCGCCUCUUUUUCUAAGCAAAGCCUCUUUACCAUUGUAAGUGUAAGUGUUAUUUGUGAGAUCAACAAAUUAUUCUAGAUAGAUCGAUCAAACCGGAGUCACCUGUCACGAGAUCAGUAAAUAUCGUGCCGGCAUUCGGAACGUAGCAUAUUAACGGGAAAGCGAUGCGAUACUGUUGGACAAUUUUUAUUAACCACCAAAAAAUUUAGGUAGCGCAAACUCUUCAACGGAGGUAAGGAGGUAAAUGGACGGAAGGGGUGGACAAUUUGUAGUUCGCAAAGAGAAGAAAACGAAGGAUUGCCUUUAGGCUAAAGCAUAUUUUUCCCCUUUUUAGAUAGAACUUACACGGGACGGGACUGCAAAAACAAGUUCAAACAUAGUUGACAAAACAUUUCAUCACCAUUACUUGCUCGUUUUUUUGUGAGUCAAUCUAAGUAAUGCUGAAAGCGGUGAGUUACCCCAGACCGCUGCUGGUAGCUAGUGCAGCAAAAGAAGCAGUUCGAAGAUGAAACAAAAUUUCAAAAUAAAAAAAAAUCGAGCAUACAUUGGAUGGUUUCAAAAAACAAACAAAAUACAGACAACAAUAAGGCAAACAAACGCUAAACAAAAGUGUGUGAGAAAGUUUUCGAAUUUUUUCUCUGCUCUGCUACAGCAGCUGGGUACUGGGGUUUAGUGUCGUAAAUGAAUGAAAACAAAAAAUGCAUUUUGAUGUAUGAAAGAACAAAAAAGAAAAAAAAAAACACAGAAACACAUGUAAACGUCAGACUGGUAGCAAACAAAACAAAAGAAAAAACAUUUGAAAACAGUACAAACAAGUGAGCAUCAAAAAACGCAAAACAAAAAUCAUUUCUUUAGCGUAAUACUUAUUUACUACAUCAACAUUGUUGAACGAUCAUUAAAAAUUAUCAAUAUACACGCACAUCAUUGUAUCAACCACUAAUGCAGAGCAAAACGAUUACCAGUUAAGGAACUCUGUACGUUUAAAAAAAAAUCAUAAAUCGAUGUUAUUUUCGGAAGUGUUAACGAAAAAACAAAAACAUUUAAAUACGGACUAGCAACCAAAGCAAAUGGCAAAUAGGUUGCAAAGAAAUUCCUUCUCAAGUUUGCUAACCGUAUCGCGGCCAAGCAGUGGAAUCCGUGUCUUUACUAUAAUCUACAUUCAAUAGAGAUAGGACAACAGAAAAAAAACACUCUUAUUUUUCUUAAAUUUUAUCGGCAUGCGCUCUUUCGCCCCACACUAAUGUGCAGGAUUAGGGUAAGGAAUCAAUCUAAACUAUAUUCUACUGAUGACAUCUAACGCCGAUCCAAGCUGAUCGACGAAUACGAUUCAGAACAGUUCUUAAACGGAACUAACGUUGAUAGACAGUGAGAAAUUAUCGGUGAAUGGAACAAAGUUCAUUGUAUCGUGGUUGUAAGCUCUUGCUCUUAAAAUGAAACUGUAUUAAUAAUAAAUCACUCCAAGAGAAAAUA